AUGACUAAAAACGAAAGUAAUGACAUUGAUGAUAUUUGGGGUGAUGAUGACAUAGAAGAGCUAGAUAAUUCCACAGCAGAUAUUAAAAGAAUGCAUUCGAAACAAGGAUAUUUAGAUGGAAUAACUAGUGCUAAAGAGUCGAGUCUUCAAGAUGGGUUUGACGAUCUGUUUCCCAAAGGUGCAGAACUAGGAAUUAUCGUGGGUAACAUAUUGGGAUCAUUGAUUUCUUAUGAUGAUCAAGAGUUAUUCGAUCAGGCUAAAUCGGAACUUAAUAUCUCACAAGUGUUGCACAAGAGAUAUUUCGAUGAAGAUUUGGAAUUACGAAGCACUAAUGAUCAUGAAGUGAUAGCCAAAUGGCAAAAUGUGGUACAGAAUUUAGAGAAUAAGUAA